AUGGCCCCAACCAAGCGCUUCAACAGUUCCCUUGCCAAUGGCUACGCCGAGGAUAAGUCCAAAGGCCCCAUGCUGAGGUUUCAGGACUCGCUGCCCAAGCUGCCUGUCCCGACCCUAGAGGAGACAGGCAAGCGCUACCUCAAAAGCCUUCGUCCUCUCCUUUCGACUUCCGAGUUUGAGACUAGCAAGAAGGCCGUCGAGGAAUUCAUCAAACCUGGUGGUGUGGGGUCAACCCUACAGGAGAAACUCAUUGCUCUUCGCGAGAAACCCGACACUAAGAAUUGGCUUUACGAAUGGUGGAAUGAUGCAGCAUACCUUUCCUACCGUGACCCUGUUGUCCCGUAUGUCAGCUACUUCUACUCGCACCGUGACGACCGCAAGCGUCGUGACCCCGCCAAGCGUGCCGCGGCCAUUAGCACAUCCGUCCUUGAGUUUAAGAAGCAGGUUGAUGCAGGCACCCUCGAGCCUGAGUACAUGAAGAAACUUCCCAUCUGCAUGGACAGUUACAAGUGGAUGUUCAAUGCCAGUCGUGUCGCUGCUCACCCUAAAGACUACCCUGUGAAGUACUCUGCUGAGGAGAACAAGCACAUAAUUGCUAUCCGCAAGAACCAACUUUUCAAAAUCACACAUGAGGUCGAUGGCAAGCAGCUCAAUACGUCGGAGCUAGAGAAGCAAUUCCAGCGCAUUUACGACGUUGCCCAGCGCGUCCCGUCUGUUGGGAUCCUAACCUCGGAGAACCGCGAUAUUUGGGCCGAUGCUCGCCAGAUCCUGCUCGAUGCUAGCCCCAAAAACAAGACAGCCCUUGAGGCUGUUGAGUCUGCCUCAUUUGUUGUCUGCCUCGACGACGCCACCCCUGUCACUCUCGAGGAGCGUGCGCACCAGUACUGGCACGGCGAUGGUGCCAACCGCUGGUUCGACAAGCCCCUCCAGUUCAUUGUCAAUGACAACGGAACUUCAGGCUUCAUGGGAGAGCACUCUAUGAUGGACGGCACCCCGACCCACCGUCUAAACGAUUAUAUCAACGAACUUAUCUUCAACGAGAAGAUCGACUUUUCCGAUCCCUCUGUUCGCUCCAAUAUUCCUGACCCUCAGCCCGUAUCCUUUGAGGUCACGCCCAAGGUGCAAGCCGAGAUCGACCGUGCCACAAAGGACUUCAACGACGUUAUUAGUCAGCACCAGCUCGCUGUCCAGGCCUACCAAGGCUAUGGCAAAGGCCUCAUCAAGAAGUUCAAGUGCUCCCCGGAUGCCUACGUUCAGCUUCUCAUCCAGCUGGCCUACUUCAAGAUGUACGGGAAGAACCGCCCGACCUACGAAUCUGCCGCCACUCGCCGCUUCCAGCUCGGCCGAACCGAGACUUGCCGCACCGUCUCCGACGAGUCCACGAGAUGGUGUAAGUCCAUGGUUGACGCCUCGAUCCCUGACUCCACAAAGGUCGACCUCUUCCGCAAGGCUGUUAACAGCCACCUCGAAUAUAUCACGGCCGCUGUCGACGGAAAGGGAGUCGACAGGCAUCUCUUUGGGCUAAAGAAGCUCCUCGAACCCGGCCAGGAGCUUCCCGAAAUCUACAAGGACCCUGCCUACGGAUACUCGAGUUCGUGGUACAUUUCCAGCUCGCAGCUUAGCUCGGAGUACUUCAACGGCUACGGCUGGAGUCAGGUCAUUGACGGUGGUUUCGGCAUCGCCUACAUGAUCAAUGAGAACAGCAUCAACUUCAACAUCGUUUCCAAGAACCUUGGAAGCGACCGCAUGAGCUACUACCUAAACGAGGCAGCUGCUGACAUGCGCGACUUACUCGUCCCUACCCUUGAGGCCCCCAAGUCAAAGCUGUAA